AUGGCUAACCCCGAAAUAGGAAAUUCUAUCCCGACUAGUAUAAAUGGCUCAAAAUUUAAAGAGGAUGAAGGAAAGGAAAAUUAUUCGUUGCAAAUUUUUCAAUCAACACUAAACUUGCUAGCUCAUAUAUUAAUUGGCAUUGUAGUUGGAAUUUGCAUGUUAUUUGGGUUUAGGUAUGGAGUGCCGUUGCGUAUGACUAAUCUGCACAUUGUUUUGUGUGUUAUUGGUUACCAGUUGAUGAUGGCAGAAGGAAUUCUUGCUCUUUGUCCGUAUAAUAGUUGGACUGCUGGGCUGAAAUUGGCAGACAAAAAAAGGACACACACAAUCCUGCAAAUUAUGGGUUCAGUGCUAGCUAUUGCCGGAAGCAUACUUAAAAGUCUUGACAAAACUACUAAUUUUAACACACUUCACGGUCAGUAUGCGCUGGUGGCAAUGGUUUUCACUAUAGUGAGCCUAGUUAAUGGAGUCACAUCACUUUACGCGUAUGAGUUGCGCAAAUACAUUCCUGGGAACUUCUCCAAAAUCCCCCACAGCAUCUUCGGCGUAGUAGCUUUUGUUACGUCUUUAGUCUCACUCUGCUACGGAUUCAACUAUAGCUUUUUCAAAACUUGGACUGGUGUGGAAAGAAGCAGUGGGGAUAACCAACAUCAUGGAUUUGCUUACGCCAUGAUGGCAAUGUCUGCCGCUUUCACUUUUAUUAUAAUCGUCAACCCUAUGGUAACCGCCUUCAAUAAAACUGUUCGUGUAAAGAAAUAA